UGACGCAGGGAUAUCGAUUUAUGUUGCCAUAGGUACAUUUCUAUAGAAACCACAUUUUUUAAAAUAUGUACACUGUGGUCAUGCAUACGCGCGAGCACAGUAUAUUAAUAAUUCCUUUAAAAUAAAGAAUUUAAUAAAACUAAAAAUUAUAACUAAAUUAAACUAAAUUAAACUUAAACAAAAUGGUGAAUUAUGAAUACGAAGAUCGUAAAUAAUGACAUCGAUAAUGUCUGAUAACGAUUCUACGCAUAAUACUUCUUUGGAAAAACAAAAUGAAAAGUGCUUGGACCGAUUGCUGACGCCUAUUUUUCGUGUAAACUCGGAAGAAUCAUUGGCUCGUAAUCGAAAAUUUUUAAAGGAUCUGGAACUUGCAAAAGCACGUUUGCGAACUUACGCUGCGUAUACUCCAACUGACCGAGAAUUACAACAACGUGCAACGGAAUAUCGCAAAUAUCUCCAGAAGUAUAUACGAAAUUUCGCUCCAUAACAAGUCGAUUUUAUGUCGGGAACGAAGUACAUCCAUUCAGUUUGAUAACUCGAGCCGAACGAACAAACUUUCAAGUGAAAAGUUUGUUGAUCGUUGGGAUCGAUGCAUCAGACUGAUAAUUCAAAACGAUAGUAUUAAACUAACGAAAAAAAACAAACUAAAUAUAAGAAUCUAUACUGUUUAAUAAUGUGUUAAAAUAAAAUUUUUGAUUAUUUUAGUUACGUAAUUUUAUAGAAUAAAGAAAAUAUAUACUUACGGCACGACGAUGAUCUAAUACGAUGAAUUCUAUGAUAGAGACGAAUCGUUCCUAUAGAAAUACGAAAAGAAAACGCGUGAACAAGUACGAACGGUGUUCACCUGUAGAAAUGGAAUAUUCACGUUCAUUUUUUACGUGUGACGGCAUUAUCAUCGCUCGUAAUUACUGACACGCAGAACGUGUAUGUACGAUAGGAUAAGUUCGUUUCAAAAGUUACCUGAUAACGACCUAAACCAAUAAUUCGACAAAAAGCUAUAUAAUACUUCAACGUUAAAUUCUACCGACAAGUAUAACUUUAGAUUUCAAUCUUUAUAAAAAUCUUUUAAAAAUUAUACUGCUAGUAUUGUGUAUAACAUAUUAUUUAAAAUUAAUAUCAUGUAUAAAUCGAAGCAUUUAUAAUGAUUAUCGAUCGGUUACGAUACUUUCAUUAUAUUUCAAAAUUGUAAUUUAUAAGAGGUUUUAAAACAUCGAUUAAUACUUUAUUAACUCUUGCUUACCUGUUCGUUGAUAAGACAUAAACAUUCUUUAUAAAUCUAUCUCUUAUAAUCGUUCUUUAUUGAACAAAAAUUUAAGAAGAACUGGUAUGUAACAGCUGUGCCGAAUAAGGUCUCAAUAUAUAAAUUUAUAUUUCUACGUGGCGUUACCUCACCAGCUGAGUACACAAAUUGAUAUUGAAACUUCUUGGUUUGACCAUUGUAGGUAGCCUAAAAACAUCUGUAUCAAUAGCAUCUUUAUCUCUCGUAUAUCGUUUUCUUUGUAAUUUCGUCUAAAUGAUAACGCAGCUCUCAAUAAUAACUUGAAAGAAUGUUGCAAUUUGAAA